CGUCGCGGCCCCUUGUCGUUUUGCGGAACUCCUUUCCCCUUGUUUUCUUCCCGGCCCGUUUUUUCGUCGGGCGGGAUUAGGGAUUGGGGAUUGGGAAUUGGGAAUUAUUGGGGAUUGGGACCGUUGGGUUGGGGCCGUUUUUUCCCGCCUUCUCCGCGGCGAUUUUUCGGAGUCCCCGCGCUUCGCCCCCGCGCUUCGCCCCCGCGGCCUCUGUCCCGGCCUCCUGCCUGCCUCUGUACUGGACGCCUCUCUAGGUCUUGGCUUCCUCGACCGAGCGGAGGUUAAUAGCCGUCGUCUGUAGCGUGACGGGAUGAGACGCAGCACGCUUACCGGCAGUGGCGCCGCCCGCCAGUCCAUGCAGGCCCUGAGGGCUCAGGAUUCCAAUAAACCGGGGCUCCACACACCCCAAACCAAAGAAAGACCAACAUUUGGGAAACUGAGUGUAAGUAAACCCCAGUCUGGUACCUCGGAAAGAAGAGUCAGCUUCUUUGGCAAAAGAACAAGUGGUCCUGGAUCACGCAACAGUCAAUAUGGAAUAUUUGGCACUGAAAAAAUCAAGGAUCCCAGACCACUUAAUGACAAGGCCUUUAUCCAACAGUAUAUCCGCCAACUUUGUGAGUUUCUUUCAGAAAAUGACUAUGCUUUCAACGUGUCCAUGAAAUCUCUUCAAGCACCAUCCGUUAAAGACUUCCUAAAGAUCUUCACCUUUAUUUAUCGUUUCUUGUGCCCCUCUUAUGAGCUUCCUGAUGCUAAGUUUGAAGAAGAGGUUCCCCGAAUCUUCAAAGACCUUGGGUAUCCUUUUGCAAUAUCAAAAAGCUCCAUGUACACCGUGGGGGCACCGCACACCUGGCCUCAGAUCGUGGCCGCCUUGGUUUGGCUGAUCGACUGUGUCAAGCUAUACCACGCCAAGAAGGACAAUUCACCGUCAUUUGAAGAUGGACAGCCCUGGGGAGGAGAGACCGAAGAUGGAAUUAUUCAUAAUAAGUUGUUUUUGGACUACACUGUAAAGUGCUAUGAGCAUUUCAUGACUGGUGCAGAUUCCUUUGAAGAAUUUGAUGCAGAACUGGAGUCAAAGCUAAAAGACUUGUAUAAUGUGGAUGAAUCCCACUUGGAGUCCAUAACAAUGGAAAACAAAAGAUUGAAUAUAGAAAUUGCAAGACUAGAAAGAGAGAGAGAGAAUGAGCCGAAUCGGCUAGUAUCGCUGAAAAAACUGAAAACGUCCUUACAAGCAGAUGUUCAGAAAUAUCAGGCUUAUAUGACCAAUUUGGAGUCUCAUACAGGCAUUCUCGACCAGAAGGUGAAAGAUGUUUCAGAGGAGGUUGCUGCAGCAGAGAUGGAGCUUGAAGCGAUAAAGCAGGAGAAUGCCAAACUACAGCAUACUUUCGAUAACCAGAAGUACUCAGUUGCAGACAUUGAAAGAAUAAAUCAUGAAAGAAAUGAGUUGCAGCAGACCAUCAACAAAUUGACCAAAGAGCUGGAGGCCGAACAGCAGCAGCUCUGGAAUGAGGAGCUAAAAUACGCUAGAAGCAAAGAGGGGAUUGAAACCCAAUUGGCAGAAUAUCACAAACUGGCCAGAAAACUAAAACUCAUCCCCCAGAGUGCAGAGAAUUCCAAAGGGUGUGACUACGAAAUCAAGUUUAACCCUGAAGCCGGUCCCAAUUGCCUAGUGAAAUACAGAACUCAAAUCUACGUGCCUCUUAAGGAACGCUUGAACCAAACCGAAGAUGAAAUCAGUAAAGCGCUCCAUAAGAAAAUCGGUUUAGAGGAUACUCUAGAGCAAGUGAACACCAUGGUAGCAGAAAGCAAGAGGACUGUAAAAAUGUUGAAAGAAGAAAUACAAAAGUUAGAUGAUCUUUACCAGCAGAAAAUAAAGGAAGCGGAAGAAGAGGAGAAGAAGCGGGCUACUGAGCUCGAGUCCCUGGAGAAGCACAAACAUUUACUUGAGAGUGGGGUAAAUGAAGGCCUCAGCGAAGCUACAAAUGAACUGAACGAUAUUCAGCGCCAAUAUCAAGUGGUCUUGCAGACGACAACUGAAGAAAGAUGGAAAAUCGGCAUUAAUGUGCAACGUCUCUUGGAGGUCGUUGCCACUCAUGUAGAAUCUGUGGAAAAAUACCUUGAGGAACAGAUUCUCAGAGCGGACAGAGAAUUUGAAGAAUUUAUGUCCGAGGAUUCCUUGAAAGAUCUGAAUGAAAUCAUAGACAAGUAUAAACAGAAGGCUGCCAUCCUGGAGACGGAAGAAGAAAUGUUGACUCGCGAGUGAUCGAAGACCCUUUGACUCCCUUCUGAUGUAGCAAUAUGUAUAAAUGUGUCUCUUCUCACGAUUGUUGUCUAUGUGCUAAAGCCGGGACCUCUCCUCUUCCUUAAUACCUACCUGCCUUGGCAACUAGAAGAGGAAUGGGCAGAAUGCCCACAGAGUAGACUUCCUCAUUGAAUUAGUGGCUUUUUAUCGUCAUCAGUACCCGUAUUGGCUAGGGUGAUUGGAGAGGAGUUCACUAGUGCUUUCUGGGGGGAAAUUGGAAGGCGCUAUCCACCCAUCAGGCGAUGUGGUAAAACGCAGAGUUGGGCGGUCAGAGAUCCAAAAGUCUUAGAGUAAGAUCUGAAGAGAGAGGAAAUGCUGGAAGCGGAUUGGACCCGGAGUCUGUGCGUCUCUUCCUGUCCAAAAGUAAAGCGUCGGAGGCGGGCGGUAGCGUCUACCCUCGCUCGGAAGACCCAGGCAGUCUUGGGCUUCAAAACCCCCCCAGAAUGAUGAGGAAACUCCCCUAGGGGCGUUGAACUGAACUUAGUGCCCAGAGCAUCCAUUCCUCUGGCUUUGGGAACUGCUGUAACUUGACUGCACCUGCAUUUGGGGCUAUUUGAAAGGAAUUGAUGAAGCCAAAGUGCCGUAGGCAAAGAGUCCAAAUGUCAGAGUAAGGAUAGCCGGCCGCUAGAACUUAAAAGGGGACUCUCUUUCUUUGGUGGGAGGGGGGUGGGGAGGCAGAAUUGUGGGGAAGCUGAGUCUUGUGAAGAGAUGUAGGAAACGGCAAUCGUUCAAUACUUUGACCGUUAUUGUGCUGCCCAGGACCAACAAGCGAGGGGAGGAGAUGGUAGCAGGGACUUUCACUGUAGGAGAGGAUGAUGGGCUGUUCGGAAAGGGCAUCCAAGCAGCUGCGGUUCCUUCCUAAGAAGCUUUCAAUGAAUGCUUCAGUGAACCAAGACAGUGGCUUGGACAGUGUUCUGGACAGUGCUUUGAGGUGCGGGGAGUUUCUAGACCCACAGUUCUAAAGUUACUUUGAAAUACUGCCUCACCGUGAGAGAAACGUCUGCUAGGCAACUGAGGCAUAGCCUCAGUGUAGCUUAGAAGGUUUGAAAUUUUGCAAAGCCUCCUCAAGGGAUACAUCCUAAGUAGCCAGACUUAAUGAAGGAGCAGGAUUCUCGCCGAUUGGACAUAUGAAAGAGAGACUUUGAAGUCCCAGAACUUAAGGGGUAGGCUAGCAGCCCAUGUAAACCUUUUUUUUUUUUUGGUGUGUUUUAAUCUGCAAAUGCUAAGCCGCUGUUAGGAUGAAGUUAUAGUUUCUACUCUCUGGCUCCAAAAAGGAGUCACAACCGUUGUACAUAGUCUUCUCUUCUAUUGGUUUACUAGUGGUGCUGUUGUUUUCUCCCAGUUAUGUCUCCCGUCUAUUUUUCCGUCCUCUAUCUGUAUUUCUUGAGGCGUUUCACUCUCCCUUUUGGCCCUUCCUUCCCCUUUUGGGUGUCCUCUUCUUUUUCCUUCCCCACCGUGGAUUCUCUCUGAUUUUUCCCUUUCUGUCGGCGCUCACGCCUUACUCGUUUCCUUUCCAUUUCUUGAUCCGACAGUGUGAUAAAUUUUACAUUAACCGAACGAUCAUUUGUAUAUCGUAUUAAAGGGCUACAUUUGAAAAUCGUUUUUACUA